AUGACAAACGCAAAGCAGGGAAGCCAUGGAGGCUCAACGCAUAGCUCCGUGCCAAAUGCUAAGAAUGCUUCCAUCCGAGUCGGGAUUCGUGAUGGAGUGACUGGAGAGUUCAAUUUGGUGCCUCGAGCGGAAGCUGUAGUCUCAGUCUUUGACUCAAAUUUCCUUGUCGGCGAUGGCAUCUGGGAAGGCAUUCGUGCAAACAAGGGCCGAGUUCAGUUUGCCAAAGAGCACAUAAAUCGCCUCUUCCAGUCAGCGAAAGCCAUGUACAUGGACCUCGGUCUAGCAAAAGGCGACCUUCUCGACCUAAUUCACCAGACGCUUGAUGCGAAUGACAUGGGCGAUGAUGAGCAUGUUCACAUCCGACUUGUCGUGAGUCGUGGUCUGAAAGCUACUCCGUACCAAAAUCCAAAAGUCAACAUCGGCCUUCCCCUCAUCGUCAUCAUUCCGGAGUCUAAGGCAGUUGACCCCAACUCCAAGUCAAGAGGUCUGAGACUCGCGACAACGUGGGUCCGUCGUGGACCCCCUGAUGUCAAGGACGAGCAGUGGAAUCACAUCUCAAAAGCCACAGACGUUCAAGCUUGCAUUCACGCCAAUGUGAUGAACGUUGACGAGGCUCUCAUGCUUGACCUACGCGGUUUUGUCAAGACAUGCAACUCUGUCAACUUCUUCAUUGUUCGAGGUGAUGAAGUCUGGGCUCCUACCAAGGAUAACCAGAUGCAGGGAAUCACCCGUCAAAAGACUAUCGACGUUUGCCGAGCGAAUGGCAUUACUGUUCGAGAACUAGACUUUACACUCACGGAAGCCUAUGGAGCAGAUGAAGCCUUUUGCACAGGGACUUUCCCCUCACAAAUCCAUGUUACUGAGAUUGACGGUCGAGUAGUCGGCGAUGGAAAGAGAGGUGUUGUUACAGAGAGGAUACAGCAGCUGUACUCGGAGCUUGUAAGGAAAGAUGUGGAAAGGUCAAGGGAGAAGAUCAAGGCCGAAGUGGUUAGUCCACGAGACUUGUCGUUCUUGAAGUCAAAACUGUAA